GCAAAUGUUAAAAAAUUAUCAUCAAAUUUAUUACUUCACAAAGAGAUGGCUUUCAAAGUUGCUUUGAUAGGUUUUUUCUUAGUUAUGUUUCUUUUGAUUUCUUCACAACUGGCACACUCCUUUGACCCCGACAAUACAGUCAAUGAUGACAACUAUGAUGAUCAGUACGGCGGAGGAAGAGGAGGAGGCGGAGGCAGUGGCAGUGGAGGAGGUGGUGGCAGUGGUGGAGGCGGAGGUGGUGGCAGUGGCGGAGGCGGUGGCUCGGGCAAUGGAGGCGGAUAUGGGGGCGGAAGUGGUAGUGGUAGUGGGGGCGGAUACGGAGGUGGAAGUGGUAGUGGUAGCGGGGGCGGAUAUGGCCGUGGUGGCGGAGGAGGUUCUGGCCGUGGUGGCGGAUAUGGGCGUGGUGGCGGUGGGGGGUCCUGCCGUCACGGCUGUUGUCGUUGCUGCACCUAUGCUGGUGAAGAGAAGAUAGAUGAUCAGCCCUAGGCAAAUCAUAGUUCAAUAAGUUGUGCCACAUCAAACUUCUUUCUCAUUGUUAUAUUACUUUUUUUUUGGUGGUUACAUCAAUUGUUACAUUAUACUAAUAACAAAAAGGAGAACUUUUAUUAUUUACAUAAA